AUGCUACUAGAGUCAGGAUACAACAUUGGUGAAAUUGAAGGGAGUAAAGGGAUAACAAUGCCAUUAGAUAACAUGACACCUGUUGAACUGGAAUUACAAGAUCAAGAAGGGCAUCCAGAUGAUGUUGAGGUGUUUGCUGAUGAUGAAGUUGAUGAUGUACAAGUGGAUGAGAUAGUGGAUGAUGUUGAGGUAGUUAAUGAUGUACAAGUGGAUGAGGUAGUGGAUGAUGUACAAGUUGAUGAUGUUGAGGUGUUUGCUGAUGAUGAGGGAGUGGAUGAGGUACAAGUGGAAGCAGGGAUUGAAGCUGCUGUUGAGGGAGUGGAUGAUAUAGUCGAUAACUUGCCAAACCUGUCUACCAAACCUUUGCAUAGGAAAAGGAAACCUUCUAAGAAGAUAUUGAAGCUAAAGUUGAAGAAGACUGUGUAUGACAAAGAUGGUAGUGAUUCCAAUGCUACCAAACCUAUCAAGUUGGAUUAG